AUGCCUAUAAAAAGCAAUGCCUAUGUUUGACAAGACAAGGCCUAGCAAGGCCAACACUUCCGACGAACGUACUGAAAACUCGCGCCUGAGAAGAAUAUCCCCUCUGCGUCGGGCAAACAUGGCAUCCGUCUCCGGCGUGCGUCCGCAGGAUCAUCAGCCGCCGGCGCAGGCAGCAACCAUCGCCGCCGUAAAUGGUGACAACAAUGACGAAGGGCCGUCAGUGGAGCUGGCGUUCGCGGGGCAGCAGCCCCCGCCGUGGUGGCGGCAGGUCACGGCGCGGUCCGUGGCCACGAGCGUCGUGCUGGGCGCCGUGCUCAGCUUCAUGUCGAUGCGGAUCGGCCUGACCGCCGGGGUCGGCCCGUCGUUCAACAUCGUCGCCAGCCUGCUCGGCUUCUUCGCCGUCAAGUCGUGGACGCGGCUGCUUGCCCGCUGCGGCGUCGCCUCCCAGCCCUUCACCAGGCAGGAGAACGUCGUCCUGCAGACGUGCAUCAUCUCCUGCGCUACCUUGUCCUUCUACGGCGGGUUCACGACGUAUCUGCUUGCGAUGACGGAGACGGUGGCGAAGUCAGCCGGUGGGGCAGGCACCGGCAAGGACGUGUACACGCUGCAUACAGGGAAGAUCAUUGCCUUCCUCAGCCUCGUCAGCUUCGCCAGCUUAUUCUGCACUCUCCCGUUGCGGAAGCUUAUGAUACUGGACUACAAACUGAUGUAUCCAACUGGUUCAGCUAUCGCUGGAAUCGUCAACAGCUUCCAUACACCAGCGGGAGCUGCAACGGCAAAAUUGCAAGUGCUUGCCAUGUCCAAAGCCAUGGCUGGAAGCUUCAUGUGGGCAUUCUUCCAGUGGUUUUACACAGGAGGAAGUGGGUGUGGCUUCCAAGAUUUUCCUAUGUUCGGAAUCAAGGCAUACAAGCAGAAAUUUUACUUCGAUUUCUCUGCGAGUCUAGUCGGUGUGGGCAUGAUCUGUCCUGUCCUCAUAAAUUUCUCGAUGCUUUUCGGAUCCAUCAUUACUUCGUUUAUCAUGUGGCCAACCCUCCAGAGCAAGAAAGGGCAAUGGUAUACUGAUCCUUCGCCGACUAAUUUCAAGGGUAUCAAUGGAUACAAGGUGCCCAUGGGCAUAGCAAUGGUGCUUGGUGAUUGCCUGUUCCAACUAGGAGCAAUCACCAUAAGAGCAGCGAAUCACUUCCACAAGAAUCGCCAGGAACAAAAACUCAGCGGUGCGAGCAUGCCGGAUGAUCGGAAUUCAGACGAGCAAACAUCGCUUAGCUACGAUGAUUGUCGCAGGAGCAAAAUCUUUCUGAACGAAGGAAUGCCAGACCAUGUUGCGAUUGCUGGCUACAUCCUCUUCGCAGCCAUCUCAACAAUCUUUGUCCCGUGCAUCUUUCCACAGAUUGGUUAUUACCACGUGGUCUUCUUAUACACUGUUGCUCCCAUCCUGGCAUUCUGCAAUUCGUAUGCUUCUGGACUUUGUGACUGGUCCCUCGCAUCCGUCUACGCCAAGCUUGCUAUCUUCAUUGUUGGGGCUUGGGUUGGUGAAGCAUCUGGUGGAGCCAUCGCCGGUCUUGCUGCCUGUGGUGUCAUGUUGAUGAUCAUUGGCAAUGCUGCUGAGCUUAUGCAUGACUUCAAGACAGGAUACCUUACACUCACCUCGCCACUGUCCAUGUUCAUAAGCCAGGCAAUUGGGACUUUGCUUGGUUGCUUGAUCAACCCGCUUGUUUUCAUGUCCUUUCAAAAACUUGUUGGCAAAGAGCAUCUGGGAGAAGCUGGAUCGGUUUUCUCAGCACCCUUGGCCACUGCAUACCGUGGGCUUGCAGUUUUAAGUGUCGAAGGGAUCAAGAUACUUCCGAAACACUCCACUAAGUUCUGUGUAGCUUUCUUCUUUGUUGCUUUUUGCUUGGAUUGCCUGACAGCAGUAGCCAAAGCAAAGAAGUGGAAGGUAAAAAAAAUUAUUCCAAACGCCAUGGCUUUGGCAAUUCCAUUCUUAAUCGGACCAAAUAUUGCAAUAGACAUGGCCAUGGGGAGUCUCCUAUUAGUUAUCUGGAAGAAAGCAGAUAAGAAAAAUGCAAGCACACUUGCAGUUGUAGUGGCAUCAGGUUUAAUCUGCGGAGACGGACUUUGGGCAUUGCCAUCAGCAAUACUUUCAAUUUUCCAAAUCGAGCCACCCAUCUGCAUGAAGUUCUUGUCUAGUUACCAGACUGAGGAAAUGCAGGAGCACUUCCUACCCAAAUUGGCUACUUCUUCGCAAUAAUACAGAGUAGUUGCAGAAAUUACUUGUAAAUGAUUUCAGAUCAUAUUGUUAUUGAGAUAUCUAGU